CUUUGAUAUACAAGUGCUUUGGAUUACGAGCACGUUUCCGGAAUGAAUUAUGCUCGAAAUCUGAGGUUUUACUGUAUUUAAUGUUGGAACCUGGAGCCACAAACCUGUCUCUUAUUUAAUUUUGAAAGAGUUCAAUAUUUUUUGUCAGAGUUUACAAAACUUGUUUGAUAGCUUACCCCAAAAGCACGUGUUGGACUGUCUGCGGGGUUGUCACAAUGUAGAUGUAGGUCCCUCUAGUGGACAUUUCUGAAAUUACAGCUUAGUAAAACUAAAUAUGACAGAAUAGAAUAGAAAACCUUUGUUUUCCAUCACAAAAGUUCAAAAUAUGGUUUAUUUGGUAGCAUUUCGUAGCAGUUCACUAAUUUCCUUAUCGCACCUCUAACUUUGUACUAUUCAUAGUACAAAUCUAUUUCAUAGAUUCCCCCCACCUCAGGCUUCCAUUAGGGGUGAGCUGACGUCAGCCCAGCCCCGCCCCCGUCAAUUCACAGCCUUAAAAUAAAUAUGAAGUAUGUACAAAAAAUAUUUAAAUAUAUACAAUUGAUAUAAUGUACACACAUACUAUCCCUGGCAAUUAGUAAUUAAGAUGUUUGAGCAGCAAAACCUGCAAACUGUGUUGCAGACUGGCCUCCCAGGACUGAAACUGGGGAACUCUGCAGCAGAGCAAAAGACAGUGGCCUACAAAGGCAUGACUAUGAUAUGUGAAGCAGAACAAAGGACUGAUUAUUGCACAUUCAGCAGGAAGCUGGGCCUGAGGAAAGAGCUCUGAGGCUCCCUCGACCGUAACCCCAAAAUCCAGUGGUAGCAGGAAGCCGCUCCAAAGAUGGGGGAGGGCGUUUGAUGACGUGGGGCUCUGCUUCCUCGACUGUUUUCAUUCUGCUCUUCUCCCUAGGCGUAUACACGGCAUAUAAAACGUUUCUUCACAAAGAUAAGGCCCUCAUUAAAAGGCUCUUAAAGGGCAUCCAGCGAAAGCGCCCUUCCGAGGUACAGUGCGCUAUCCUGAGGCGCCACCUGCUGGAACUCACGCAGAGCUUCAUUAUACCCCUGGAACGUUACCUGGCCAGCCUAAUGCCCCUUCAGAAGUCAGUGACACCAUGGAAGACGCCCCCCCAGAUCCGGCCUUUCAGCCAGGAGGAGUUCAUGAAGACACUGGAGCACGCUGGCCCCCAGCUCACCUCUGUGCUCAAGGGUGACUGGAUGGGCCUGUACAGACGCUUCUUCAGGUCCCCAAACUUUGACGGGUGGUUUCGCCUCAGACACAGAGAGAUGACGCAGAAACUGGAGUGUCUUCACCUGGAAGUCAUCUCUGAAGCUGACCUCGCAGCGUGGAUCCAAGACAAGUCCGAGGUGGAGAUCGUUGACCUUGUGCUGAAGCUGAGGGAGAAGCUGACCAAGGCCCGCCGGCAGCAGCUCCCAGUGAAGGAGGAAGUGCUGCAGAAGCAGGAGAAGCAUGUGGAGACAGUCAUCUGCUCCCUGCCGGAGGACCUGCAGGCCGUUCUGCUUCGCCGCUGACCACUUUCGCCCCCCCCCCCAUACACACAUCUCCUCACCACUUCCUAUCAGCUGACAGUCAGUUUUAAUCUUUUAAUCACACCCCACUCCAUUUUAGGUCAGAAAACACACUACGCACCUAAGGUUUCAUGCCUGUAACGCAGCAUGACAUGGAGGAGCACAGAAAGGCCCGAAAACGGCUCUUUCCUAAACUGAGCUGUUCCAGGUUCCACCUUCCUCCGAAGCUCGAGGUGCGACCUGCGACCCUGUCACUAAUUGGUCACGUACCAUGCUCACGCUUGUAAGCCAGUUCCCCUUAAUGCAGCCAGUGUUUAGGAAGGGCCCUGCUUGGCUUAGAAAUAGAUUUAGCAUGAAGUCACACUAGUUAGUCUGAGCAAAAUGUUGCAUCAUUAUUGCAGAUGUUGGAACUUUUGCCUUGUUGUGUAUGUGAGUAUUUUUCUUGGGUUUAUGGAAGCUCCUGCAUUGCUUGGGAUUCAUAAAAACACAAAAACACUUUUAGGUGGAUAGUGGAGAUGCAUUAGGAUUUCAUUAGCAACUGUGAAGGUUGCCUGUUGUAAUAGAUUCAUUAACAUUGAACCAGCUUUCAGAUACACUGUCAAGAUGAGCUCUGCACUGAAUUUAGUAGUAGUUAUUUUUGGUUUAUGAUAUUUAUUUUUUUAUUAUUUGUGAGAAAAAAAGACUUUUAUGCAUGUCUAAAAUGUCUCAGUGCUGUACCCCGAACAUAAACGCUGCACAUGCUUUGAGGAGGCCAUCUUUUGCUGGACCUCAUCUGCUGGUGCUGCCAGGCCGAGCUCACAGCCUGUCCCUAACUCCUGUCACCAUGCCUCUCCUGUGACACUGGAGCAAACGGCUGGCCCUUGUAAUGUCCCCCCUCCCCAAUACACAGGUGCAGUGUCCAGUUGGGCCCACAGCAGCUCUGAGCUGGUACUGAGAGCCUGAAAAGCCGACCCGUGCAUCUACAGCAGGCUGAUGUGCAUUAACAUGUAAUAUGAUGCAGGAGUGUGGCAUUCUGGGAUGUCAGCGCUGCUCCAGGUGCUGAACCUUCUGACAAAGGUGACCUGAGCUGGACAACUGAUCCUGAGUCAGUGAUUACAUUUAUUAUUAUUUAUCAUUGAUGGUACUUAAUCAUCUUCAGUCCUCGUUUAGGUGUAUGAACUGGCUUAUUUAUUUAUUGCAUCACUACACUCUCACUAUUGAUACCGACAAAUCUGAACAGGUUCCUAAUAAAACAGAAAAGCAAUGUGA